CAACUGUGGACAUCAAAUCGAAAACCUGGACAAGUUUUGCCCUAAUUGCGGAAAAGGACAAACAGCAAGUGUAACUGUCCCUUCUGCAAGUUUUGCAGACAUUGCUGGUCCCUCAAGAUUAGGAAAAGAUCUAAGUGACACUGGUGCGUCUCAAAGUCGUGCCAUCAAAAGUUUUUCAUCCUUCCGAAAGUCGAAAGGAAAGCAGUGGAAGGAGAAGGUUUCAAAGAAUUCCCUUAAGGAGGAAAAAGAAGAAGAUGUCGGAAUUUGGAUUGGGCUAAUGGAGUUCAAUGGUAAAGAAUCCCGCCUUAAGGUUGUCCGUGGGAAAAGGGUCAUGCUAAGAAUUUCCAAUGUAGCAUCCUACAAGCAAAUCCAAACCGAGGCAGUCAAUAAGUUUCAAGCAUACCAUUCCAAUUGUUUUGUCGAAGGAGAAAAAUACCUCUUGCUUCUUGAGAGUGGCAAAGAAGCCCAGUUUUUGCCUGGAACCAAGGAAUUUUUUACAUUGAAAAGAUUUCGAAAGGAGGUUGGAAAAGACUAUAAAAACAUUGUCUUAUACCUAUGCAGGAAUGAUGACUUUGAUUUAAGCGAAUAUCCUCAAAACAGCACAUCUUCAGAGGAAGAUGAUGAUGAUAAUAAUCAGCAUCCAUUUAAGAAAUUAAAAGCCACACAGUUGAAAAUGGAUGAGAUGCUGGCUAGAAAAAUGCAGGCUGAAAUGAGUCAAGAAAGUGAAGGUUGCAGUGAUGAUCAAGUAACAGGUCACAACUCUUCAGAGGCAGAUAAUACAUGUAUGAAUCAGUGUCCAUAUAAUAAAUUCAAAGCCACACAGUUGAAAAUGGAUGAGAUGCUGGCUAGAAAAAUGCAGGAUGACAUAAGUCAAGAAAAUGAAGGUUGCAGUGAUGAUCAAGUAACAGGUCACCUGGUUGGUGGCGAUGGCAUUGGUAAUGGCAAAAGUACCCUUAGUUCUAAUCACUCCCAUAGUGCAACAGCCCAGUCAGGCCCAGAGUCAAAGUCCAAAACAAGAGAAGAGCAGUUUGACAGCCUGAGCA